CGACCCACAAGACUUGGAUCUCGGAGAAGAAGAAGAAGACCAAGAGCUCGAAAACGAACCAGAGGUUCAAAACGACGACGUACGCGAGAAUCGUCGGAGACCCAAGGCCCGCCCUCCGCUUCCGCCGCCGUCCGGAAAAGAUCGGAAAUCGAAGAAUGUCGAUGCUCUCCUCAGCCGCUUCUUCCACGAGUUCUGUCGGUGACGGAAGGAGCAACAGUUUGUAGGAAACCGUUUAAACCACCAUGCUCCAAAGGCUAUGAUGAUGGAAAUGACCAGCUCGCUCGGCGUCUCUCAGCACGCAGACGGUUUGUUCCCUGGGGCGGUUCAUCAAGUGCACCGUUUUUUCCGGUUAUUGAGAGGUUUCCUAGUUUGCCAAAUGAUGCUGAGAAAGAUGUAGUGGAAGAGAUUGUGACACUGCCACCUGGAAUUGAUCCCUUGGUCUUGUGGCAACCUGAAGAAUUUGAGGAUGGGGAUGCUAAUAUGGUGCAGAUAGUAGUGGACCCUCUGCUUGUUCGUUUCCUUCGACCACAUCAAAGAGAAGGGGUUCAAUUCAUGUUUGAUUGUGUUGCGGGCUUAAAUAGUGCUGCAAAUAUACAUGGAUGUAUUCUUGCAGAUGAUAUGGGGUUGGGAAAGACAUUGCAGUCAAUCACAUUACUUUAUACCCUUCUUUACCAAGGGUUUGAUGGGAAAUCAAUGGUUAAAAAGGCCAUUAUAGUCACUCCCACCAGUCUUGUGAGCAAUUGGGAGGCUCCGAUAAAGAAGUGGGUCGGAGACAGAGUUUGCCUCAUUGCUCUGUGUGAAAGUACCAGAGAUGAUGUUGUUUCUGGAAUUGAUCAGUUCACAAGUGCUCGCAGCCGUUUGCAGUUUAUACUGCGGAGGACUAAUGCACUACUUUCAAAUCACCUGCCACUAAAGAUAAUUGAAGUUGUCUGUUGCAAGUUGACUCCUCUCCAAUUAGACCUUUAUAACCAUUUUAUACAUUCUAAAAAUGUUAAACGAGCAAUCUCAGAAGACACAAAGCAAACAAAAAUAUUAGCUUAUAUAACUGCUCUAAAGAAGCUGUGCAAUCAUCCAAAGCUCAUCUAUGAUACUAUAAAAAGUGGAAAUCCAGGAAGUUCAAGUUUUGAGGACUGCAUUCGCUUUUUCCCUCCACAGAUGUUCUCUGGAAGAUCUGGAUCAUGGAUUGGUGGAGAUGGGGCUUGGGUUGAACUGUCAGGAAAGAUGCAUGUUUUAGCUCGGUUACUUGCCCAAUUACGGAAGAAGACUGAUGACCGUAUUGUCCUUGUCUCAAACUAUACGCAUGUAAUGUUGUGCAAUGAUUCUAGAACAUAAUGUGAGUGUGUGUAUAUACCAUAUGUCUUCUCAGCCUCUUGUUCUUUCUGGUCUGGAGGCAGUAUAUGUUUUUCAAAUAAUAGAUCAUCACCAUCAGUUAGGAGACU